CAAUCCCGUGAGAUGAGGAUGAUAUCUACAGCUGCAGUUAUUCAUCCUAGUAAGAUGCUGAACAAGCCAAAGUACAAACUCUCCUCCAUAAAACAUCCACUGGAAAGACGCUGCAGACAGAAGACACGACAAAGCAGUGAAAAAGACACGAUGCCAGUGCGCCUGCCUCCUGUGCCUGUGCCGAGACAUGAGUCAACAAAGCAAGUGACACACGAGGACACGGACAGCGGCAGCGACCUUUCAGACAUGGAGAGGCUCGCACAGCCUGCAUCCAUCUCUGAUCCGCCGCUACUUCACCUACGAGAAGAAGUCAUUAAUCCCUCCGACUUCCAACCUUCACGUGCUCCGUCUAGGUCGCAUGCCAUCUCCCGUGACAACUACCCUGACUUCUUGCCUCCGCCUUUUAACUCCUGGAGUCUCAGAGACCUGGCAGUGUAUUUAAACACGGAUGGUAAAAACAUCUCUCGCUCCAAACCUAGCAACCAUUUUGAGAGAUACUUGGACCGACUUUUGCAGCUUGAAUGGCGGCAAAUCAUGACGCUCCACGAGGAGAGCAGCAAGUCUACGUGGCUUGUACGGCGUAGACCGCAUUUCAACCUCAGUGCGCCGAAAAGCAUCCUGCAGUGCCAGCGUGCCUUCCCCUUCACCUUACUGUCAUCUGUUCAUCCACAAAUCUCAAACCGUUACCCGGUCUCCGGAUGCACGUACUCUCACCACACGCACCCGGUGACGGAAAAAAGUGUUUCUAGGAGGAGCAGCAGCGAGACUCGGGCUCAUCGACUCAACAGAUUCAGCGAUUCUUCUUUGGACCAUCUGAAACGCAUGCAGGCCAUCGGGAACAUCCGUAACCCACCAACGCACAGUCCUCACGUCAACGGUCCUACAGGUCUAGAUCCUCAGAGGAGAAAAACCUCGGCGGGAAGGAGCCGAUCCUGUGGGGACGAGAGCAAAGAUGGCUGUAGAAGAACGAGAGCCGAGAGAAGAACAGAACCUCCGCGUGUGAUAGAAUCGAAAUCACUAGAUGAUACUGGUUCUGAGACAGAUCCAGUCGCAGGAAGGACCGCUGGGAAACACAAGCACGUCGAGUUUGUUUUCAGGAACAAGAAUUGA